GACCUAAUAUUAAAUGCUUCUCAUUAAAGCUGGAAAAUGGGUGACGAUGAUGAUGAUAUCCCUCAGCUUUCAUCUCAUACUCUAGCUGCCCUGCAGGAGUUUUAUAUAGAACAACAGCAGAGAGAGGGCAUGAAGACCUCUGAAGAUUUUAAUCACUAUUCUGUUGGCUCAGUUGAGGAGGACUGGCAACUGAGCCAGUUUUGGUACAAUGAUGAAACUGCAUCAUGCCUGGCUAAUGAAGCUGUUUUGGCAGCUGGAAAAGGUGGCAGGAUAGCGUGUGUUAGUGCACCAAGUGUUUAUCAGAAACUAAAAGAACAACAUGGCAAAGACUUUUCAGUGUGUAUCCUGGAGUAUGACAAAAGAUUUUCUGUAUAUGGAGAGGAAUUUAUCUUCUAUGACUAUAGUAAUCCUUUGAAUUUACCUGAAAAUGUCCUGCCACACAGUUUUGACAUAGUAAUAGCAGAUCCACCUUAUCUGUCUGAGGAGUGCCUCAGUAAAACAGGCGAGACCAUCAAAUACUUAACAAAAGGAAAGGUUCUGCUUUGUACAGGUGCCAUCAUGGAGGAGCAUGCAGCAAGGCUUCUUGGUGUGAAGAUGUGCAAAUUCAUUCCAAAACAUACUCGAAACUUAGCCAAUGAAUUUCGAUGUUAUGUGAAUUAUGAUUCUGGACUAGACUGAUUCAACUGUUUAGAGUGUACAGAAGAAAAGUAUCAAGUAUUUUUCAAUCAAGCUCAUUUUUACUUUUCUUGGUGAUGUUUACGUUCUUCACUGCUUUAUUAAAGGUGCCACACCAAGUAAUCGUUUCUGAGCUAGCUGUAGUCAAUGAACUGUGGUAGCCUCUGUCAUCUGCAAAUGAUUUUUCACCCUAUGUUAUAGGUGGAUGGGGUCUGGAUGGCU